ACACAGACCAGCCGAGUGGGCCAGCUCGCUGCUGUAGGGCUUUAGAAACUUCGUAACAAAUGUCUGAAGAUGGGAAUGAGAACAAACCAACGGAAAAAGAUGAACAAACAAUGACAGGUGGUGUUAAUGUGGCGGAGCAGCAACCACUCACAGCCACUCUUCCUCUACUCCCUCAUGAACCUUGAACGUCGAAACCCUCCUGCAUGGUGUGGCAGAUUGAAUUAAUGGGACGCCAGCAGGAGGCAACUAAACCGGCGAGGGAAGACACAGCCUUCCAGAUGGUGGAUUCUACCCAACCGUAAAGCUGAGGAACAGUACCACUCCUAAGAGCCCUCUAUUUGUAGGGCUCCCAGAGGACUCUUCUGACUGGCCAGCAGACCGCCUCUUUGCAGCCAGCUCAACUGACUGAUUCAACUCUUCUGGUUUUUGGCAGUGAUGCCAGAACCUGAACCAGACAGCAUCUUUUUGUUGAACUUAAACAGAAAUCAACUGAGCCUCUGAACGCUAACACCAUGUCCAGUCCCUUUAAUAACCCCUGUGCCCCUGGGAACCAAAGUUCCACCCAGAGACAGUAUGAACUCACAUACACACGGACUGAAAUGGACUCUCAGGGAGCGUCUUCCUCUCUUGGAGCAGGUUUCAGCUUCAGUUCCUCUUUUCCAGUGACACCUGAAAAUUCUGGGCAAACAGUGUCAGCAUCACUGAAUUAUAACCAAGUACAACGCAUGGAAAAGGGAAUUAAUUUUACCAGUACUCAAAGGGAUACGAUUUGCUCUAGAGGCGCCAGGGAGGUCUCCUACCCGAUGAGCUAUGCCUCCUCCUCUCUGGAACAUAGACAUGAACUAAACAUUGAAAGUGGCUAUAGCAUCACGAACUUGUCAGAGAAUUUUGUAAGGACAUCAGAUGAUGGCUCUGCAUUGAAGUCAACACCUGUGCUUUUAAACUAUGCUAGCAAUAAUGACUGCGAUUAUACAGAGCAUGGGACACAAAGCAUUCCAGGGUUAGGUGAUUAUGAUGAGCAAGUCGCAGACAAACCAGAAGUCACUACAGAAACCUGUAAUCGCAAGCACACUGCUGAAGAAGCUUAUCUAAUCCUUCUGCACUUUGGGCUCGAGAACGAGGAUCUGAAUGUUCUCGUUGAUCUCCCUGAAGACCCUAACCAUACUAAUUUGCCACCUAUAUUGGAACAACUGCGCCUUAAUAAGGAAAAGAAAGCUGCCACAGCUGUGCAGUCCACACCUGGUCUUGAACCCCAACUCACCGAAACAAUGAGUGGAGUGGAUGAUAACAGUUUGAGAAGUUGCGGUGGGACAGUGAUGAAUCCAGAUGAAACUUCAUCAGCUGUUCCCCAGUUGAGUGACAUGAAUGCGUAUGGACAUCCUAGCAGGAAUACAGCAGAGGCAGGGGAGGACUUCAAAAGAGAAGAUGACAGCAACAAUAGCAGUGAAAGAAGGAAUGUGUUUUUAAUGGACACUGAUGAAGGACACAAUCAAGAACCUCAGCAAAAACACACUGAGAUCAAAAGUAGUGCCUUUGGUUCCUCAGAUGAGAAGGGGAGUUCUUCUACCAGUCUUAGCCCUACAUGCAGUUCAAUGCCAAGCUUUUCAUCUCCAAGCAGUGAUCAAACAAAGCUGACUUACCAAGAUAUUUUCAGCUCUGUCUCUCUGCCAAAGAAAGACACAGGAAUAAGCAAGUCUGACUCCUCGGAACCUGUUCCUUUGAAUCAACCUGAGGUGGAUUGCCAGUCAGCAUUGAAAACCCUAGCACCCUCCACACAGUCCCGUGGUUUGCAUCCCACCCAACCAGGCCGUGUGCCCAUUGACAGUACUGAAGCUAACGGCACAAAGAAUCCAAGGAAAGUAAUAGUUGAACAUAUUAUAAGACAGAAGGUACAAGAAUCAGUGCAACAGAGCCAGAAACCAGUGCACCGGGUGCCGAAGCCGACUUUACAAUGGCUGCCAGGGAUAUUGAACAACCUGUCUACAGUGUGCCCAGUGUCACAGACAGGACAAACAGGGAUGCCUCAAGAUUUUACGAAAUCAAUUCUCGCUCCUGGUGUCAUCCCAAAUCCACUGAACCUACCAACUUCCAAAAUGUAUCUGAAAGACAAGGCGGCAGUUUCCGAAGACUGGCCAACAGCAGAGAUGAUGUAUGACUAUGCAGCAGCCCCACCAAGAAUCUUUCCUCAUACCUGUGUUCUUUGUAACAAAGAAUAUGCCAACAUGAAGGACUGGAUCUACCACUUGACUGGCCUCCUUCACCUGGAGAGCAGCCGACACCUCAGAAAACAAUACCCUAACUGGGAUGGUGAGGUUAAACCUGGGCCAAGGCCUGCCAUUAACACCACCAGUCCCAAAACUUCUACGUCUUCAACAGGGAGCAGCUGCAGUUCAGAAUCCCCCAGCCCUGAGCAUCACCAUAGCCCAGAAUGUCGAAGGUAUAGACGCAGAAGUCGAUCAAGGUCUCCAAGGAGUCCCAGACCCAAAACUUCAACAGGAAAUAAAAGCUGCUCCAGUUCAAGCUCACUUAGCCUGCAACGUCACCACAGCCCAGAGCGUCGAAGGUAUAGACACAGAAGUCGAUCACGUUCUCCAUGGAGUCCCAGACCCAAAACUUCAACAGGAAAUAAACACAAAAGCCGCUCCAGUUCAGGCUCACUCAGCCCGCAGCAUCGCCACAGCGCAGAGGGUAGAAGCUAUAGGUCAUGUUCAAGGAGCCCUAAGAGACAGUCCUCUAAAGAAGAGAGACCCUCGUCUCCAAGGAGAGAUCAUGGUAGACGAUCACCACGAAGAAGGAGGCAUGAGACUCAUUCGCGAAGGAGGAGGGGCAGCGAGAGCAAAUCACCACCAAGGAGGGUUGAUGAAAGAUAUUCACCACCUAGGAGGAUGAGUGGUAGAUCACCACCAAGGAUGCUUGAUAAGGGAAGGUCACCUCCAAGGAAAGCAGGCGAUAGACAGACCCAACCAUGGUGGACUGAUCAAAGGAGAUCCCCUCCAAGGAGCCAGGACAGACAUUCGUCCAACAAGCAGUCAUCCCCUCAACAAAAAGGACCAAACUCUGCAGAGAGUCUGGCUAAAAAACUCUUGGAAUCACCAGCUGCCCAGUCAAUGUGCAAUACGCCUGAAGUGAAUGCCUUAGUUAAAAGUCUAGCUCCAGUUUUGUGGGAUGAGCUAAAAAAGAUGUCAUCCUCCUCCUCCACUUCAUCUUCAAAAGGAGGGGAACGCUCCCUGUCUUCUUCCUCUGCAAGGUCAAAGAGACUGUCGUCUUCUUCAUCAGUGCCCUCCUCCUCCUCUGCAGAAAGGACGACAGAGUCCAAAACAAUUCCUUUCAAGGCAACUGUGCAGUUUGAAAAAGAAGAAGAUGCUGAGAAACUUAAUAGUUUGAAGUCCAUCAGUGUAAGGGGAACAGCACUUACAGUUGUCAGAGAAAAGGUCUCUGGGGCUGAGAAGCUGACGAAGCAUCCUCCAAAAGAACCUGCCGCCUCCAGUGUCUCCACACACCAGACCUCUAAUUCCACAAUGACUGAAUCUCAGUGUGAGGAAUCUUUGCCCUCCAGAGCUGAAAAAGCACCAACAAGCAGGCGUAUCAGUCAGACAACUUUAGCUAAUGAUUCAGCUGAAGUGGAAAGGAAUGUAAAUGAAGAAAAAGUCUUGGCUUCCAAGAAAAAAAUGGUCUCAAAAAAGACAGCUGCAAAAACCAAACGAUUGAGAAAGUUUCCUGCUGAGGGAGAGAAGAAGACAGCCGUGGCAGAGCAGGAAGCAUCUUUGGAAUCCAAGGCCGCUUCUCCAGAAAACCCUCCUGACACUGGGGACUCCGUAGAAACACCCACACCUGAAAAUUCAGAAACCAAAGUUGAGAAUUCUGGAGUGAAGUUGAAAGAAACUGGAGUAUUUGACGUGCCUGUAAACACUACAGUUAUUAAACCAGUAGAAAACACCUGCACAACCCCAGAGGAAACAAUCUCAGCUAUGCAGAAACAUGAAACUGAAGCCAACGAGCUCACUGAGUCAGCUGCUGAAACAGAAAGAAACUCAGAAGAAGUGAGCGAACCUUCGGGAUCUGUAGAUCCAGAAAAUCAGCUCCAGAUCAUUUCCAAGCUUAAUCCAUGUGAAUCCAAGGUUCGGGAAUUUUUGGAGGGGCCCAGAGUCACAGCUGAGUCUGGUAAAGCUUCGCCUCCUACCAUGGUGAAACUAUAUGGGGUUCAUAAAUCUCUGACCCACAGUGAGGUGCUCUCAGCUGCUGAGAACUUUGGAAAAACAAAGUCGGUGGUGCUGUUCCGGAUCAGUUCAGAGGCAGUUGUGAUUUUUGAGAGGGGAGAAGAUGCAAUGAAACUGAAGAUGGCGGGGACCCUUGAUGUUGAUGGAGCUCCAAUCGCCAGAGUAAAGGAAACUAUUUCUAGGGAGGAAAAGACACUUCCUCAGAGAAAACCUUCUCUGCCCAGCACACCCACUUCUGAAUCAAGAAUAGAUAAAGUUCUUUCCCAUUUAGCCAUCAUGCCCAAAGGUAUGACAACUUUCGCUGAGGAAAAUGCCUGUGGUUCAGAAGCAAAAGACAUCUUGGACCAGCAGACAGUGAACAAAGGAGUUUCAGUGGAAGAAGAGGUUAAGAUUGUCGUGGAAAAGCAAAUGGUGACCACAGUUUCAAAAUCUGAGUCUCCUGUAAAUCAGCCUAAUACUGGUGACUCCAAACAAAGGCCGAUACCUGACAAGUCUAAAACCCUGAUUCAAGAACCUGUGGUGGCACCCAAAGCUACAAAACCAGCCAGAGGUGAAGUUACUGAAGCAAAAGUCUUGGCAGAGGAAGUCUUACCCAUGCAGAAACCCACAACACCAGUGAAAACACUGCUUAAACCCACUACCACAGAAAAUGUUGAAGGAACAAUCGCAAAAGAUGGAAGUAAGCCUGCAAAAUCAACUCCAGAUCUUCAGCCUGCUUUACAUAAUCUCAAAUCUCAGGAAUCUGAAACCAAGGUUCAAGAAUCUUUAGAGGUGCCAAAAGAUGCAGCUUUGGAACAGAAGGAUGAAGCAAAAGUUGACAAAGGUGAUGAUGCAGAUGAGUAUCAUCAAAUUAAAGAAGCCAGCCUCAUGGAAGUAAAAAAUUGUGCUGAGGGCAACAAUCAAGAAACAAGGUCAAAGUCUGUACCUGAAAAAUCUAAAAUAGCUGUCCAGGAACCAGUAGUGGUGUUGAGAGACAAUCCCAAAGCCACAGAACCAGCCAAAGGUGCGAAAACUAAAGCAAAAGUCUUGACUUGCAAAACAGGAAUUAUCUCGCCUACACAGGAACCCAAAACUCAGGUGGAUAAGCUGCCUGUCAAAAAACCCACCAUGUCCAAGUCUGGGUCUUCUGUUAAUCAGCCAAAUACUGGUAACUCCAGACAAAGGCCUACACCUGACAAGUCUACAAGUGCGAUUCAAGAACCUGUAGUUGCACCCAAGGCUGCAGAAUUGGCCAAAGGUGCAGCCACUAAAGCAAAAGUCUUGAAUGUGGAAGGAGAGGUUAACAUGGUAGUGGGAAAGCAAACAUCCACAGUUUCCAAAUCUGGGUCUCCUGAUGAUCCGCCCGAUACUGGUGCUUCUAAACAAAGGCCUAUACCUGACAAGUCUAAAACUCCAACUCAAGAACCUGUAGUGGCACCCAAAGCUGCAGGACCAGCAAAAGGAGCAAGGACUAGAACACAAGUCUCCACCAUGCAGAAAGCAAAAACUCAAGUGGAUAAACUGCCUUUUGAAAAACCCACCACCAAGCAAAAUAUCAAAGGAACAAUUGCAAAAGGUGGAAGUAAGCCUGCAAAAUCAACUCCAGAUCUUCAGCCAGAUGAGGAUAAUCUCAAAUCUCAGGAAUCUGAAACCAAGGUUCAAGAAUCUUUAGAUAUGCCCAAAGACAUGGCUGAAGUUGUUGAGAAAGCUAAUUUAGUAGUUUUGGACUCUGAGGAUAAAACAAAAGUUCACCAAGCUGAUGGUGAACCAGUGGAGCAGGGGGUAUUGCAAGUUAAAGAUGUUAACUUGGAGGUGCAAGUAUCUGCUGAGGGUAAAGAAAAAGGAGUAAGUUUAAACCCUCUAGCAGAAAAUUCCUUUGACAGUUCUGGAGACAAUCAAACACCAACAGCCGAAGCCCAGUUGACUUUGACACAGGUCCAGGGCAGUGCCCUGUCUGUAGCAGAAGCUACACCACAAGAACCCAAGACCAGGACAGAAGUCUCACCUUCGGGAAUCUUAGGUAAAGCUGCUGUGGAGGCAAAGAUGCCAGUUAGAGCUGCAAAUGGCAAAGACAAUGACGAAAGUCCAGGGGCUGUACCUACAAAGUCUAAAACCAAGGUUCAAGCACCUAUGGGGGCGCCAAAAAAGAAACCCAAAGCAACAGAACCCACAAAGGUCUUGGCUUGCAAACCAGAGGAAGUUUUAACUACACAGAAACCCCAACUUAUGGUGGGCAAGCUGCCUGCGGAAAAAAACAAAGAAAAUGUCAAAGAAACCAAAGAUAGAAGUAAGCCUUCCAAAUCAGCUCCAGAUCAUCAGUCUAAUGUAAAAACACAAAAGUUUCGAGAAUCUCAAACUGAGGUUCAGGAACCUUUGGAGUUGCGAGAAGACACAGCUAAAGUUCUUCAGAAAGCAGAUGUACCAUAUUUUGAGCAGAAGGAUGAAGGGCAAGUUAACAAAGCAGAAAACGCCCAUGGCAAUGAGCCAAUGGUGCUUGGAGGAUCAGAAGUCGCUAUGGAGGCUAUGGAUGUAGGAAUUUAUGCUGAGGGCAACAGGAAAGAAACAUGCUCAGUGACUUUAGCAGAAAAUUCAGAAGACAAACUCAAAGAGAGUCAGCCACCAACAGUAGAGAUGGAAACCACAGUGAUGCAAGCUGGAGAGGCUGCAACUAAAACUGUACAAAAAGAAUCUUUGACUGCAGAGAUGACUCAAGAGGACUCCAUAUCAACCAAAGAUACCACAAAAGCAUCCAUUCCUCCUGCCAGCAGCGUCUCAGCUGAGUUCCUUUCAUCUGUAGAAACUAAACCAACAGUUGCAUCUGCCAGCCAGCAGAUAACUGCAGCAUCUAAACAGAGGUCCUCAGCAGUCACCAGUCAAACUAUUGGAGAGAUGCUGGAGCACAGCUUGUCUCCGAAUGACAUCCGUUGCUUUCGGCCCCUUGACAUCUCAUCAGGUUGGCUUCCUAAUGGAUGUAAGCAAGUGCUCAUAAGUUGGCUCCCUACGUGGUACGAUGGGUUCUACACAGAGAAAGACAUUGCAGAUCUGCUUUUUCCAUUUGGGUCUCGACAAAAAGCAGUGAAGCUUUACGUUUUUCCUCAGUCACACAUGGCCUUUGCCAUGAUGCCAACAAUGGGAAGUGCAUUCAGGUUGUUGCAAGAGUCUCUUCAGUAUGGCAUUUACUUCAGAGGAUGGAGGCUCAAUUUUGAACUACUACGUAGGCGUUACUCGCCAACCCCGGCUGAAUUUUAUGUUUAUCUGAAGAGAGUGCUGAAAUGUUCUACGGUUGACGAGGCUAAGAGAACCGUCCUCAUCACCAACAUUUUACCAAGGGAAGUCUGGGAUCUCAGGCAAGCUCUGAAAGAAUUUGCUCCUGUCAGUAACUUCAUGCCGCUCCUCAACAAGCUCUUCAUAGAGUUUGAGUCCGUUGAAGAUGCAGUUCAGUUUGGAGACUGGCACAGUCGCACGGGACGAGCUCGUCAUCAUCAAGUUAUCCUGCUGAAAAAACAGAACGUCAAAUGUCAACCAACAUCUCCAGCAGUGAAGACACAAGCUGCUGCAUCCCCGGCUGAGGUUGUCUCCAAAACUGCUGAAAAUGUCUCCGCUGUCAGGGACGAAUGCAUAAAGAAACCUGAAGAAAAGCCAACUACUGCAGAAGCUGUUGCAAAGGACAAUGCUGCUGAAAGUACAGUAGUGCCCUCCACAUCUGAAACCUCAGAAAAUCAGCCUGCCACCCAACCAAAAGCUACACCUGAGAUAUCUGAAGCAAGUGUCAAAGAACCUGUGGCAGAGCUAAAAGGCACUGCAGAGGUCGAUAAGAUAGAACACAGGCCUGGAACUGAACUGGACAAAGACCCAUCAGUUGAAGCCAAGGCUUUAGCCCAGCCACCAACAACUGAACUGUCAGAAAAUCAGCCUAGCUCUGACAACUACAGACAAAAUCCUGAACCUAACAAAUCUGAACCUAGAGACAAAGAACCAAUAGUGGGGCUGAAAGACACUGCUGAGGCUGAACAUCAAUCAGUUGAAGCCAAGUUUUUAGCAUCCAAGGAGGAAAUGGUCACGGCCACAAAGACUGUGUCUGUGUCAUCGAAAACUACACUUUCAGAAAAUCAGCCAAGCUCGGACAACUCCAGACAAGAUUCUGGACCUGACAAAUGUGAACCUUGUGUCAAGGAACCAAUAGCAGGGCUAAAAGACACUACCAAGGUUGAUAAGUCAGAAACUGGACUGGCUAAAGGCCAAUUGGCUGAACCAAAGGUUUUAGCCUUGGAGAAACAAACAUUUUCAAUUACAAAGAAACCAGAGAAGGCAACGAAUAAAAGGACUGCAAUGGAAACAAAGAAUCUACCUGACCUUCAUGGCUCCAAAGUCAAAUCUGUACCUGAAAUAUCUGAAGUCAGUCUCCAAGGUUCUAUUGUUGGGCUGAAAGGGACUGUAGAUAUUGAUAAAUCUGCUAAAAUAAGUAAAACUGCAUUCAAUAAAAGCCACCUGAUCAAAGAAAAGGUCUUUGCUUCCAAAGCAGCAGUCUCAACCAUGCAGAAACUCAAUAUUCCUGUAAAACAGAUGGCAACUAAAGAGGCUUUACCAAAUGAAGAGACUGCAGAAGCUAUGAGUGCACCCUGUAAAUCUGAAGCUUCAGGAAAUCUGCGAGAUACCAGAGACGUCAGAGAGAAGCCUAAACCUGGAAACUCUGAAAGCAGUGUUAAAGCUCCUGAAGUUGAGUUGAAAGACCACGUAGAAGGCCCAUCCAUUCAAGAGCAGAUCCUCUCUCCCCAAGCAGAAAUGGUCUCAGCUUUGCAGAAACCUGACACCCACAUGGAUGAGCUCGACAAGUCUGGAGCUGAAACAGCUGCAGAAGACUCAAGUGUACAUUCAAGACCUGCAGAUUCAGAAAAUCAGUCACAUAGAGAAAAUUUGAAACUCAAACAAAAUGAAACCAAGACUCAAGAAUCUGUGGAGGAGCCUAAAGACACAGACACCAUAGCUGAAAAAGCAGAUAUAACAGUCACCGAACACAAAGAUCAAGGAAAAACUGACAAAGCUGAUGAAGCAGAUGAACCUAUGGAGCUUAGGGUAUCAGGAGUUCAUGUUGUAGAGCCGGUGGAAGAGGGAAUUUGUGUUGAGGGCAAAGAGAAAGAAAUAAAGUCAGGGACUGAACUAGAAAAUCCUGCAGACAAACCCAGAGAGAGUCAAACCCAAACAGAUGAGACAGAAGCCUCUGUUAAAGCUCUGUCACAGGUCCAACCAAGCACCCUGUCAGAACCAGAAUCUACAACUCAAGAACCCAAGGAGACAGGAGCUCCACAAAGGCAACCACAGGCUGCAGGGAGCACAAAAGAAACGGCUGUGGAGGCAGAGAUGCCGAGUACAGGGGCUGAGACAACAACACAAAGAGACUUCGCAGAAUCAGUCACUCACAGCAGGCUGACUUUUGGGGACAGGAUUGAAAAGCAUUUGACCAGGACAAAAAUAGAAUCCCUCAAAUGUAAACCUGGAACUUCACCAAAAUUGCUCAUCACCUGGCUCUCUGACGAUGGCUCCUUCACAGAGGAAGACUUCAUCGAGCUGCUUACCCCAUUUGGUUAUCGGCACAAAGACCACAACAUCUACGUUGUCCCUCAGGCUUGUUUGGCCUUUGUUCUGAUGCCAACAGCAAGUAGUGUGUUUGAUGUAAUCAGAGCCAACAAAUGGGACCCUGCUAUUUUGAAAGGGUCUGUACUGCACUUCUUUUCCAUAAACGACACCAUUUCAAUGAACCCGUUCUGGUUCUAUAAAUCCCUGAUGGAGCUGUUGAGAUAUUUUAUGAAGAAGGACAACGGCAUGUUAAUCUUCAUCAGAGACAUUUCACCGGCUGAGACCAGGGAACUCAGAGAGGCUCUGAAUAAGAUCGGCGCUGUCAAAAACUUCCUGCCUCUGCUCAACAAGGUUUUUAUAGAGUUCAAGACCGUUUGCGCUGCUGAUCGGCUAGGAGUGUGGUACAGUCUUCUGAAACAACCACCUGGCUACAGAAUCCAGAGGCUGAGCAUACCAUACACCACGAUCAUAGCGCCACCACCAUGUAUGCCAGGGAACUCUCUACCAGACAGCAAGGAUGUCAUUGAAGGGGCAGCAAUCCCAUCAGUAAAAACCGUUGUUCCACGAUGCAGCGUUUCGCCAUUUUGGAUCACUUUUAGAAAUAGUCCCUUCGUGUUCCCAACCAUUUCUCCUUGGUUCAUCAUCCCAGAUUAUUUGACUGUCAGAAUCGCGUAUGACAUCAUGAAGGCCAGUCGUCAAGGAACAAUCACAACAAUCAUGUUGACUGGUUUGCCAGAAGAUGGCUACCGGCAUGAGGAUGUGGCGAGGCUGGUGUGGCCAUACUUCCUCAAACAGACCCUUCAAUCCCUGUACUACAACGUGACAGUCUUACCACUACAGAGAAGGGCCUUUGUGUUCUUUCCUAAUUGGACCAUCUGCUGCGAUUUUGUCAAAGCUCACAUCAAUAUGCCAGUAUUCCUCAAAGGAUGCAAAAUUGGUGUCCACUUCAUUUUGCAAAACAUGAAUCCUGAAUCCAGUGAGGAACUGAUGUACAGAAGCCUGAUGAAGUGGAGCAAUGCUGGAGUUCCUGAUCCAACAAAUCUGGAGGAGCGUCUUCUUUGUGUGGAGGUCUCCGAGGUGUCUCUGGAUGUCAUCAGAUUUGUCAUAGAAAUGGUGGCAUCCAUCACGACUUUUGUCAAUUUCCUGCCACUUGCUAACAGGAUUUGCAUUGAAAUGACUGACGCCAGCGGUGUUGCCAAAGUGAUGGAGAAAUACAAUGAUUUCUCCCCAAAUGCUUUCACUGAAGACCCGGAUUGGAGAAAAGUCCGAAAAUUUGAGACUUUGGAGAGCCUCAAGCGGCGCCUGCAAGAUUCUGGGGAGACUUUGAUCAACCUCGACAUGAUGGACAAGAUUCCUGGUAAAGACAUGCGCCCUGAGAUUGACGAGAGCAUGCUCAAAGCCAUCACAGUAACGGUGGGCCAACAAAGACUUGUUCAAAGAGGCAGCUCUGUGAGCGCAGAAAAACAGGAUCAGGCUGAUUUCACAGAGGACGGCAUCUUUUCAAAUGUUUAUGAUUUUGACAUCCCAAGUUUUAAUGAGGAUGAAUUUGUCACUGUUGAUGAAGUUUAUGGUGACAUUGAAGGCACAAGCCCCAAGUCUCAACACUACUCCUCGUCAUCCAAGCACACCUCAAGAGAGGGAAGCAGGAGUCAGUGCUCUGGUGCGUUGUCUUCUCACCAGCGCACCUUGUCAAGGUCAUCAAGAGGCUACAGCAGGUUAUAUUCAUCCUCGUCAUCAUCAUCAAAGUCAACUAAAGCUUAUAGAUCCUCAAGCUCAAGCACCCACUCGAAAAACUCUAAAUACAGCAAUGUCACUGUCACAUCCUCAUCCUCUACCAGUUCCAGGAGGGCGAUCUCCCCUUCUCCUCCAAUGUCGACUAAAACUUCUUCCCCCCUUCAACAAAAUCUCCAAAGUUCUGCACCCAAACUAACUGGAUCGAAAGAAGGCCAGGUUGUGGGCAGUGACAAAGAUGAAGACAGUUCCCAGACUGCAGAGAACAAUGAAAUGGACAUUAAAGGUCUUUACCAGAUACAAGACAGUGUUACCAAAGAUCAAUCAGCUACAAGCCAAACAAACAGUGGUAUAGCCCAAGGAGACUGUUCCUCUUCAGUGCAGCUUUCUGAGGAAGAUUCAUCUCAGGCAGUAGAUUCCAUGAACAAUGAACCAAAGACCACAGAACCAAAGACAGAGACUCAAAACGAGCAACCAGUGUCAGAGAAAGGGGAGGCCAUGGCUGGAAAAAAUGGUGGGCCUUUAAGAAGGAGCGAUCGAACAGGGAAAGCAUCCAAAAGUGAAAUGAAGGAGGAAUCACCAAAGAAGCAAGACGAAAAAAAUAUAAACUAUGAGACAAGGAAAAAGACAGACACCACUACAGCCGAAGAGCUCACCGAGGAGGCAAUAGUAGAUUCUUUUAAAGAGGAACCAGCUGAAGAACAAGUGACAGCCAGACAAAGUUAUGGCAGAAGAAGAAGUGCAAGAGGAAAGACAGAGGAAAAUGAGAGAAAAGACCCUUUGGAUGAUGAAUUGGCCAGUAAUGAGCCAACAAUCACAACCAGAUCAACCACAGGAAGAAGGGGGAGAACAACUGAGGAUGUUUUGAAUGAGACAACAGAGGAAAAGAGCACACCAACAACAAGACAAACUUCAGCCAGACAGUCCCGGAACAGGGACAAAACACCAAAGACUGAAGAGAAAACCCUUCAGAAAGAGAAGACACCAAUAAAGAAGAGUGAGGACGUUGCAACCCAUGAAUUACCAGAAUCUGCGAAGACUAAAACAGCCAUCAGUGAACCAUCAAUCACCACAAGAUCAACCAGGGGAAGAAGGGGAGGAACUGCUGAGGAUUCUUUAAAUGAGACAACAAAGAAGCCAACAAGAAGGAGUCUCAAGAAGCAGUCUCUCAGCCAGGAGGAAUCAGAGGUUGGCCUGAACCGAGAGACUUUUGUGACUUCAGAAAAAGCUGACUGUGGCAAUGAAGACAAACUGGAGGAGGAUCAACCAAAGAAAAUUUUGAGAUCUACAAAACGCAAAUAUGAUGAUGAUGAUGCAGAUGAGGUGAAAGGUGUAGAGAAAAAGGGGGCUUCAACACCAAGGACAAGAUGCCAGCCUGAAAAGAGGACCAGACAGAUGCCGGUAAGAAAAUCUCUCAGAGGGAAAAAUGUGGGUUCAAAAGCGGAACAAGAAGACAAAAAAGCACCAACAGAUGAGCCACCUUCCUCUUCACCCAAAGCCUCCUCAUCAUUGAGCAAAGGUCCAUCUAAGCUGUCAACUGACCGCAAGCUAGAAGUCCAGCGGCCAAAAUCAGUGAGAAGAGCCAACAAAGACCAGACACCUAAGGGAUGUGUGAAGGAAGAAGGGCCGGGGAAGGACAAAAGAAGCAGGGCUGAUGUUAAGGUUGUGGGUAAACAGAGAAGGGAGGUUGUCGGACCUGAAUCAAAGCGCUCUCGUACUCAGUCUCCCUCUGUCCCUGCUGACUUCAAACUGCCAGAAUUAAAACCAGACGAUCCACUUGGUACAGAGUUUGUAGUUCCUGCCUAUUUCUGUAAUCUAUGCUCUGUUUUCUACCAAAAUAACGCUGAGGAACCCCACUGCAACAGCCAGACACACUUGGACAACGUAGAGAAGCAUUAUCGGGAGCUUGAACAGAAGUCUCUUAAAGCGGCAAGCUGUGAUUGAUUCCAUCAACAUCGGCUGCUGGAUUGAAGAUAAAGCUGGACAAGUGAAAUGUCAGGUGCCUUAAAACCUCAUUGGGGUUUGCAUUAUCUUUAAGUGCCUUGUAUUAUGCAGUUGCACUUAUGAGCUUAUGAAUUGUCAGAGUGAAGACCUCAUAAAUGGUUCUACAUGUCAUCAAACAUUCAAGAAUGAUGAUUCACUCAGUACAGGGGUUUAGAAUGUUGGCAUUGUUAGCAUUUUUGUCACACUUCAGUGUUUCAGAUCAUUAAACAACUAUUAAUGUUAAAUAACGAUAAUCCAAGUCAUACAAACUGUAUUCUUAAAGAUUUAUGGGGUGCUUUAUGCCUUUGUUUGGAUAGGACAGCUGAAGAGAGACAGGAAACAUGGGUAGAGAGUGUAGGGGGAAGACAUGCACAAACCAACAUCUAUAUGGGGAAACGAUCCUGCGACCAGUGCAUUUAGGACUACAGCCUCUGUACAUGGCACCUGCUCCACCCACCAAGCCAAACCAGUACCCUAAAUUGUAUUUCUAAAUGACAGUUUCAUUUAGGGAAAAGCCAUCCAGAAAUCCCUUUCAAUCUGGAAAGGGUUACAAAGCUAUUUCCAAGGCUUUGGGACUUCACUGUACCACACUGAGAGCCAUUAUCCACAAAUGGGGAAAAUUUGGAACAGCAGUGAACCUUCCUAGGAGUGGCAGGCCUAUCAAAUUUCCUCAAAUACGCAGUUUCCACCAAGUGGUCCGGCUCAGUUAGGUGCAGAACCACACGCAUAAGUUGGAAAGGGUCUCAAAAAAAACGAACCGUACUGUCCCACUUUUCGGCACCCUUUCGGUUCCAAUCUUACCUAUCCAUCCCAAAAAGGUGGAGCUAUACACACAACAAUAGGGGCUUGCACAGACAUCACGUCAGCGUGCGACACAGCUGCUCGGCUUCAGGCUGCAAAACACGGAGGUCUCUGUGAGGAGCGGCAAAAACAGGACAAAAUGGACUAAUGUCUGCAUUAAUCUGGGAUAUUUGCACUCAACAGAGAUCAAAACUGUUUCCUAGUCUGGGGAUAUUAAUAUCUGGCCACAAAUCAAGUUUCCUGUUGUUUAUCUGGACCUGAUUUUAAGAACACAGAGCAGAGCCUGCAGGCUCACAUCAGCCUGGUCUAUCCGCGAUGGAUGUGAAACUAAAUUAAUGCUGAAGUUUUGUGAAUACGAAGCCUUAGAUCCGUUUCUUCUCUGUACUGUAACUAGUUAUUCAUCCACUUCUUACUUUAGGCGACCUGUGAAAAAAGUUGCUCUGUGGUUGUUGAACGUGCUCAUUAAACUUUCCGGCUGUAGCCUAUUUGAAAACGAGAUCAGCACACCCAGGAUUUCUGACUUAAUCUAGUUUGAUUUUAACCCCAGCUGAACUUCCACUUUUUUUUAACGUGGCGGAUUCUCCCAGUAAAGCUCUAAACUUUCAUAUUUUGUCAUAUUAACUGUUCUAGACUAAAUAUAUUCACAUAUUAACAUACUGUUACGAUGCAAAACGUUUUUGUACAUAUAUUCCAUCAGAUGCGGAUAUGUACUGACAGCAGUUAACAAUAUUAAUAUGUAGUUGUUUUUUUAAAAAAAGCACUUUCAGCUGAAAUAAAGCUGUUUAAUGCAUAUUCCCUUCCGAUUUCUGUCACUCAUCCUUUCUAUAACUCUGUGGCUGGACCAGCAGACUCGCGACGUCACAUAGCUUUUACAGCCCGUCUUUUGGGAUAUAUUCUGUGGACUGACAAGACAAACGUGUUGGAAGGUGUUCGUUCUGUUACAUCUGGACUAAAACUAAAACAGCAUUUCAUCUAAAGAACAUUGUACAAACAGUCAAACAUGGUGGUGGCAGUGUGAUGGUCUUGGGCUGCUUUGCUAUUUCAGGACCUGGACCACUUACUGUAAUUGAUGGAGCCAUGAAUUCUGCUCUUUAACAGAAAAUCCUGAAGGCGAACAACCAGUCAUCAGUUGGUGACCUUAAGCUCAAGUGCACUUGGACUUGGAGCAGAACGAUGAUCUGGAACACACCAGCCAUACCACAUCUGAAUGGCUUAAAAAAACAAAAUCAAAGUUUUGGAGUUGUCCAGUCAAAGUCCAGAUUUAAAUCUGGCUAAGAUUAAAUACUUUCUGUUUUAUGAUCUGAAACAUUUAGGUGUGACAAAUAGGCAGAAAUAUCAGGAAUCAGGAAGGAGUCAAAUACUUUUCGCAGCGCUUUACAUUAAAGAAAAAUGGCUUCUUUUUACCACUGAAAUGUAUUUGAAAUGAAACAAUCAAGAUGUGACUGAAGUGAAGCUCUUCAGCUUUUACUUUUACAAAAUGUAGCAAAAUACCUUCAUUAUCAGGAACUCAAAAGAGUUUGGACUGUUGACUGUCAAGCAGUUUCGUGACCAGGCUUGGUCUUUUCCCUACUUACUCAAAGGCAGAUUAAGCCAAUUAAAGAUCUGGAGAUUAUCUCAAGUCUUCAAAUGGAAUUUUAUAGCUGUUUGACUGGAGCUACCCAUAUGAAGUCCAGGAGGGAAUCAGUACAAGUGAAGGAGUUCGUAACUGAUGGCAGAAUCCUUUCCAUAAUGGAGAAAGCCUGUCACAUCUUGACAAGUCAAGAAUACUCUGAAUACUGGCGAGAGACAUCGUCAUGAAUGUCAUUUCAGAGACCUCUCAAGAGCCAGAAGGCCUUCUAUUCUGUUCUCUAUUGGAAACCAUCUGAAAAGCCUCCCCAGGUCUCAGAUCAGGUGCUUUGGUAAAAGAAACCAGCAGAAUGAUGGGAAGAGAAUAGAGUUUCUGAAGGCAGAGAAGUAGGACAUUCUACCAGUUGCCUGGUCUCAACCCAAUCGAGCAUGCUUUUCAGUUACUGAAGACUGAACUGGAGGCAGAAAGGCCCACAAACAAGCAGCUACUAAAGGUGGCUGCUGUAAUGGCCUGGCAAAGCAGACUUGGUGAAGUCCAAGGACUCCAGACUUCAGGCAGCCAUGGCUGGAUUCUCAUCAAAGUAGAACUGUGAUAUUUUGAAUAAUAUAGCAAAUGGAUGGAUGGUUUGUCCAGAUACAUUUGAGCUCCUGAUAAUGAUUUGAAGUGAAAACAAGAUUUAAUCCUUUAUUUCAAAUUCACUGUAGGGGUGAAUGGAAGCACAUAGACUACCUUUGUUUUGCUGUCAAAAUAAUAGCAAACUAAAUUGUAAAUAAGGAUGCCACAAGUAGGUCAGAUUUCAAACUUAGUUACUUUCAUGUUUUACCAUUUUUAAAUGAAACGUAAUUUAUUUUGUAUUUAAUAAAGAAACUGUAAAACUUAUGAACGUAAUAACAGUCCACAAUUGUAAUUAACCAUGAACGUGAUAGAAAGCCUCAGCUUUUAUUGCUGUGACCCCACAAACAUACAAAAGCCAGCUGAAAGAACGCUAGGAAGUAAAAUGUGAAUAAAUAAAGAAUGCAGUCAUCGGCAUAUAUAUUCAGUUGAAUACAGCAAAAAGGCAAGAUAGAUGGAAAUACAAACAUUUUGAAUUUGAUGCUUGCAACACAUUCCACAAACCUGAGACAAAGGUAAGAGAAUGGGAAAGUUGAGGAAUGUUCAAAAGACUGUGGAACAUUCCAGGUGGCUAAUUGGUAACAGGUGAUAGUACCAUGAUUGGUAAUCAAAGGAGCACUUUAGAAAGGCUCAGGCCUUGUCCACACCGAGAUGAAAACGAUGUAUUUCCUUUUCGUUUGAAAUAGUUUAUAUAUGCAAAGCCUGUAAGUGGCGCUGUAACGCUGCCACAGAGAUGCACCAAAAGAGAGAAAAUUACGGAUAACUGCCCAAAAUUUGCUCCAGGUUGCCCUUCUGGUUGUUCUCUGUGGUGGAUCUAAGAACAUCUGGUGUAUGCUGUUCUUGGUGGUGGUAAAGGAGCUUCAGAUUUUGCUGCAAAAGCCAUAACAAGCUCAGUAGCUUCUGCAGCACGAAUACAACCCUGAAACCCACCAUUGUUGUUUUGGUUUGACGUGCAUUCGGUUUAAGUGGGCUAUGCAAUGUAUGACGUAAUCGUUUCAACGUGGGCUUGGGAACACUUGGGAAGUUAAGACUACCAUGCAAAGCGGUGCAGAUUGUUGUGGAUGCUAAGUCCAAAGCCAGAAUCUGUGACGGUGGGGGUGUGUUAGUACCCACUGCAUGUGUCACUUGCACAUCUGUGAAGGCACCAUAGAGGCUGAGAGGUACAUAUAGGCUUGGGAGCAACAUAGGCUUCCAUCCAGACCUCUUUCUCAAGGACAGCCCUUUUUAUUAUAGCAAGAUGAUGCUAAGCUAUGGUUUUUUACGAGUUACAACAGCAUGGCUUCACAGUAAAAAGAGGGCAGGGUCUAGACUGGCUUGCAUGCAGUCCUGAUGGAGUGGAGAAACCCCAGACUGUAGAGCAUUUUUCAACAUAGCAAGAAUGGAAACGAAUUCUACUUUUAAUACUUAAACAAUUCUUCUUAGAGAGUGUUGUGAGAAGAAAAGGUGAUGGAAGGUUUUUGGAACAUGUUGCAGGCAUCAGAUUCAGGACAUUUUAAUAUUUCCAACAAAAAUUUUAUUAGUUUUAGCACUGUCUUUGUGCAGCCGAACCAGGGAUUUCAAUAGCUAUCUUUGGGAACUAAUCCAGACAUUUUAUCAUCUUUUAUCAUUUCAACAGAUGAAAAAUUAAUCAUGAAUAAAAAACUUGCAUGGUUGAAAUGGUAUAAUGGGUUUUAACGACAUCAACACUUAGUUAUGUUUGAAGUGGGAAACUGCUGCAAUGUUUUGGGGAAAUUUAAACCUAAAUAUCUUUAAAAUCUUUUACCUUUGUGGGCUGUUGUUGCAGUUGCUGGGUUAUGCAGACACAGUCAUUGAAUUAAAUAUGGUGGUAUUUAUGAUGUCACAUGAAGAACCUUUCAUGGGACUCUGAAAGCUUAACAGUUGUUUUAAAAAGUUGUAUAUAAGAAUAUAAUCUUAUUAAUUUUAGAUACCACUAUAAGUUUUCAAAGCACAUUGAAAAGGGACAAACUAUGUUUUUUUGUUUGUUUUAUUGUCAAUCAGUGUUAUGCAGUCUAUCAAUCACUGGCAAUGCAGGGGAGCUUUCCAGUGAUUGAGUGUUAUUGUUUUAUUUUGUAAGGGUUUUUAUGUGUGUUUGCUUGUACUUGAACUUCCACAUAAUCACAGUUUUUCACAAUUUAUUAAAAAAAAAGACAAUUUUAUUGAAAAAGUAGUGCCGUCAAGUCCCAUUUUAGAAGUUUCCUUCAAUUAAGUCACUCAAUACUGUGGAGUAGAAGAUACUAGUUUUCACCAGUUACCUUUUUCUAUUUCUGUAAUAUAUGAAAAUGUCUGUGUGAUUUUUCUAUUAAAAAAAAUAAAGUACUCUGAGUGUACUGGA